CCCUCCCCACACUCCAAGCGCCGGCAACCAUCUUGUCUGCUCGGUACUACCACCGCCCUUCGCGCCUCCCGCCCCACCCCGGAACCCGAUCCACCAUGCGUGCCUUCGUCGUCGCUGCUCUUCUGGCUGUCCUCGCCAUCGGCGCUUCCCGCGCCGCCGUCGAGGGGGUCGACAUCACCGGCGCCAAGUUCAGCGUCAACCCGCUGACCGACUGCGGCACCGCCGACAUGGAGAACAUCGAGCGCCAUGUGUCCGAGUGUAACUCCUCCACGCUGGCGGUCCAGUGCCAGGAGUCCUGCUUCGAGUGGCGCUACCGCCACGACGUCUGCACCCGCCUGCGUGUCAGCAACACCUCGAUCAGCCUGAACCAGGCCUGCACCAACUUCUUCAACGCCGAGAAGACCCGCUGCAGCAGCCUCGUCGACUCCUAUGUCUGGACCACCGACCUCAACUGCGAGUAUGGCUGCCCGCUGAACUACAACUACGUCGCCGGCAACAACGCCUCCAACAACAGCAACAGCUUCAACUGCUCGGCCACCGCCAGCCAGGUCAGCCCCUCGUGGGCCCCCUGCCAGACCUACCUGGCCAACUCCAACUGGAACGAGUACUGCACCACCACCUGCAUUGAGGCGCACUACCGCCAUGCCCUGUGCCGCGUGUACUCCCUCUUCGAGACCAACCAGGCCUUCUGCGUCAACGAGAUCCAGGCCCACAUCACCCAGUGUGCCAACUUCGCGGCCGUCAGCAGCCUCAACGCCAACAACUACUCCUGCACCCGCCAGUACAACCCCAACGUCAGCCUGGUCGGCUGCGGCAGCGGCACCCCCACCCCGACCCCGACCCCGACCCCGACCGUCGGCCCGACCCCGUGGCCCAUCAACAGCGCCGCUGCCCUGAGCACGUCGACCACCGCCACCGCGGUGGUGGCCGGUGCCGCCGCCGCCGUCGCCGCCCUGGCCGCCACUCUCUAAGGGCCGCCGUAGCCGUCGCUGCUCCGUCCCGGCCUUUGCCGCCGCCGCCGCCGCCGCC